AUGGAGGCUCAGUCUCGCAGCAGCCAUUGAAGGGGAAGGAACUGCGGGCGCGCGCGUGUCUGUCUCUCUGUGUGAAAGUGUGUGCGUGCCCGAGUGUGCGCGCGCGGGUGUGUGGACCAGGAGGUGGGGGCAGCCGAGUUAGUCCUAAGUCGUCGGACUCCAUUUGCUAUUCUUUUCUUUCUCUCCCACACCCGUGUGGUAGUGGGCGUUCGUCUUUGCGUCUCUUUUCAUUCAUCUCCAGACCUUUAGAGGUUUUUUAGGGUUGGGGGUAGUGGGGAGGGCGAGGGGAAAGGAGGAGGACAUGGAGAUGAAGAAGAAGAUUAACAUGGAGUUGAAGAACAGAGCCCCGGAGGAGGUGACCGAGUUAGUCCUUGACAAUUGCUUGUGUGUCAAUGGGGAAAUCGAGGGCUUGAAUGACACCUUUAAAGAACUGGAGUUCCUUAGCAUGGCCAACGUGGAGCUAAGCUCCUUGGCCCGCCUCCCCAGCCUGAAGAAACUGCGGAAGUUGGAACUUAGUGACAAUAUAAUUUCUGGAGGCCUGGAAGUCCUGGCAGAGAAAUGUCCAAAUCUUACCUACCUCAAUCUGAGUGGAAACAAAAUUAAAGAUCUCAGCACAGUAGAAGCGCUGCAAAAUCUUAAAAAUUUGAAAAGUCUCGACUUGUUUAACUGUGAGAUCACAAACCUGGAAGAUUACAGAGAAAGUAUUUUUGAACUGCUACAACAAAUCACGUACCUGGACGGGUUCGACCAGGAGGACAACGAAGCACCGGACUCGGAGGAGGAGGAGGAGGACGACGAUGAGGAUGGAGAUGAAGAUGAGGAAGAUGAGGACGAGGAUGAAGCUGGCCCGCCUGCAGGAUACGAGGAGGAGGAAGAUGAGGAUGAGGGUGACGCUGGUUCAGAAGUGGGAGAGGGAGAAGAGGAGGUGGGCCUCUCAUACUUAAUGAAAGAAGAAAUCCAGGAUGAAGAAGAUGAUGAUGAUUACGUUGACGAAGGGGAGGAAGAGGAAGAAGAGGAGGAAGAGGGUCUUCGGGGAGAGAAAAGAAAGCGAGAGGCUGAGGCCGAUGUGGAGGAGGACGACGAUUAGACCCUCCAGGAAGAGGCCGCCUGCCUGACGCUCCUGGGCGCACAGGAGAGUGGUCACAUCCUCGGUUUCUUUAUGUAUGAUAGCUGUCCCAGUAGGAGAUGAUGUGUAACUUUUUAUAGGAGAAGUGUGGUUUUACUAUUCUGGCCUUACCAUUCCGGUUAAGAUUUGCUAGUCUGUUAAUCAUAAUGUACUUAGAAAAGAAUUCUCAUUCAUUUUCCCAUAGUGAAAUUCUCUAGCAUUGUAUUUAGAUUCUGGAUUUUUAUAAUUCAUGCUUAAUGUAUUAGACAUUUGUAGCCCAUAAUUAAAACAUGGUUGCUUUUACACAGGUGUAGUUUGGUGCAUUUCAUUCAUAAUGUUUUAAAGUUAUUUAUAAAUUAACAAAUUACACUCAGCUGUAAUAUGAAAUGGCAGUAGUCUUGAGUGAUAAAGCUGGUUGUUUGUUUGUUUUUUUUAGAGGUAUCAUUUUUUGAAGGCAGUUUUUUUGGGGUGGGGUGAGGGCAUCUGAGGCUUUCCUGUCACAGUUUGGAAAGUGGAAGCACAGUGAGAGGGUUCUCUUCAGGAGGCAGGUCAGGGACUCCGUUCUGCUCAGUGAUACUGAUCAAGGCUCUUAAGGAGCCUGUUGUUUUCUAAGUCCAGACUUGUAGUGGAACCGUCUGCGGGGGUGACCGUGCCAGUGGGGGUGCGUUCCCUCCCAGCUGCUCCUCUUCUGUCACCUCCAUUGCUUCAUUCCUGUCCCCAUCCAAAAGAAAUCUGGCUAAGCUGUAGAUACCCCAGAGACGUCAUCUGCACCUCAGCCAUCUGUCGUGGUUUCAAACAAGUGAAGUGAAAGAGAUGGAGUAUUUGUUAAGCUACAGUAAUGAGCACUUCAUGUUCGGAGACAGGCUUUGUUGAUGACAUGAGGCUGUGUUAGAUAAAGCAGUAGCAUCCUCUCUCAGAUCAGACUGAUUGCCAACUGAUAACUAAUAACACAUUCAGGUCUAAUUUCUAAGUUUUCCUAGGUGAUUGGGAUACCAACGCUGUGAAGUAUUUAUUAUAUUUCUGAGUGCAACAUUUAAUUCUUCUCUCUGUGGUUUGAAAGCGUGAUCAGACAUAGCAUUUGAUUGGAAUAUAGUAGCACUAUAUUCCAAUAUAUAGGAGACUGUUUGAAAAUCAAUCUUGAAGUUGGUAUUUAUUUCAAGUGGAUGUCUGAAAAAUAGAAAAAGCAUUUGGGGUAUGGGCAUGUGUGUGCUGUCUCAUGGCUACUGAACAAACAAGAGUAGGGCCUUUGACCCUUUGUCCCGGAAGCUCCGAUUUUAAGGCACUUGCUUUUUAAAUCAUAGUUUCUAAUUUUUGUUUUCCUUUUGUUUUAUGUAUCUAAGGUGGGUUUUCAUUUUGUUUUUUUUUUCUUUUUCUUUUUUUUAAACUUAGCAUCAACAAAAUGAUUUUGCCUCUCUUCUGGGACAUAUAAACAUUGCUCGUAAUAGUGGGGCUGCUGCUUUUUCAACUUAAGAUGUCUGACCUGGUGUUUUAAAAUAACAAGUAUGAACUUAUUUGUAGAGAAGCUAACAAAAGUUGCAUGCCUGACUGAAAUAAAUGUGUAAUGAGUUCAGUGCAAGCGCAGGGAUCUCCAAAGGACUGUUUCCUUAUUUCAGUAAUUGGAACUCCCUAAGAAUUCUCUUUGCAAACUAUGCCAGGUUCAAAAUAAAUGCUUAUUUUUAAAAAGGAAAUCUAUAUAUUGACUUUUUAAUCAAUCAUCUAUUGUGCAAUCAAAAUUAGAGUUCUUGAGUUUAAAAACAACACCUAGGGCCUCCAGAUUAACUAUUAAGACUUAUUUAGCUUUGUGGGUGGUAUUUUCAUGCAAAUAAGCAAGGGUGGGUUUUCUAUUCUGUAAAAGUUCUGGGCUCUGUUCUAACUCUGUACUGUGCUGUGUAUACAAUAUGUUAAGUCCUUAGAGACUUUGAAGUUAAUACUUUUGUGUAACUGUAUUUUGAAUAAAGCCACCACAGUGUUAAACACAAGGACGGGCAGUACUGAUCAUGUGUUUCUUCUGACUAUUUUGGUUUUUUUUUUCUUUACUGCUGUAACUUAAGUUUUGAAACUGCAUUGCUUUGAAUAAAUUGAAGCGUUAUUAAUAAUGA